AUGUCUCCCACCAACGCAGGCAGUAGCGCUGCUGCCCCGGUCCCCGCCUCGACCAAACGACGCUCCUCGAGCAGCGAUGCCAAGCCGGGUCCUUCCUCCAGCUCUCGCCGGCCGCCAACAUGCUCCGCCACAUCCGCGCGCACCUCACCCGUCAACACCGUCACUGGCUUUGCAGCACCACCUCGCCCACGCCCGCCGACGUCUCCUUCCAAGAAAGCGCGCGCGUCGGCAUUCCCUUCGAGCUCGCGCUCGCCCACACCCACCAGCAGCGCCGCCUCCAGCCGCCGGAGCAGCGUCGUUCUCGAUAGUUCGGCGUACCGGUACAGCCUCAAUGUGGGCAGCAUCAACCGCUUCCCUGGUGGCACGAGUGGGGGCGAGAUGCUUCGUGCUGCCGCGGCGCAGUCCGAAGCGGCGAUCGAUCCUAGUCGAGCCUCGAUAAGCUCGGAUGCGAGCUCACGGUUGAGCUCGCGGUAUACGGCGGAAGAGGUGGCGCCGCAGCGCAGGCCCGUGUAUUUGGCGCUGCCGAGCGAUCCGAGUGCUGUCGGCGUGUGGAGCAGUACCACUCUCGCCCCGCCCUCCGACUCCGGGGAUAAGAAACCCGCGACGAAGGGGAAGAAGUCCGAAGAGGGGAAGCGGAAUAGCAAGGUGAUGACGAGCUUUCCCUUCCCGCAUCCAGCGACGCCGCGUCGACGCGGUGGGGCAGGGGGCGAUGCACCCGCGGGCGGCACCGGUGGAAGAGGGAUAGGCGCAACAUGGCAGCGUCUGCUCACCGCCAUCUUUGCCGGACCGUACGAACGGCAGUUGAACAGGGAGGAGCAGGAGGACGAUCGAAUCACGCAGUCGAUCAUCCACGACAUCGCCCGGCGCAACGGGGGGCAGGUCCCACUCCCGUCCAACUACGGUACCUUUCCCCAAGCGGAAAGCGACGAUCCGAACGACCCGUAUGGAUAUCGACAGCUGGCAGGCUCGCAUCUGCUCCCCUCAUACACGUCGGAUCUGAUCGCGAGGCGGAGGGAGAGGCGGAGAGCGCGGAGUCGGGCGCGGUUCCAGUGCAUGGCGAGCUGGACCAUCUGGACGGUGAGCGUGCUGUUGGUGGUGAUCGUGGUGGUGCUGGUGUAUAGUUUUGUGUAUCCGGAUCGAUUGGAUAUACCGAACCACUCGGAUGAGGGGGACGAGGAUGCGGUGAUGGUACUGGGACUGGGCAGCGUGGUCCAAUGGGCGAUUGCGACGGGGAGGAAUGGUGCCGGGAGAUAG